CUUUGAAUUCUGUGGAGGAGCUUCUUGGGUUCUCUGAGUUUUUGCCUUUACUGGGUCUGAUCCAGAAAAGCUUAAUUAUUUUAUUUUUUUUUGGAGAAUUUUGCCUUUCAAUUUCUGGGUUAUUUUCCAAGUUUGAUUUUGAAGGAAAUGGCACAACGUUCUCAUGUACCCAAAUUUGGCAAUUGGGAAAGUGGAGACAAUGUUCCUUAUACAGCAUAUUUUGACAAGGCCCGGCAAGGUCGAACUGGCACGAAGAUAAUAAACCCAAAUGACCCAGAGGAAAACUCAGAUUUUGCUCUUGAUAAUCCAUCUUCUGACAACAUACCUCCUUCCAAACCCAGAGUUAAUUCAGACGAUCCAUCUGAGAAGGGAUCACUGCAUUCAACAAAUGAGUUACAUAAAAGCAUUGAAGAUGGUGAACCUAAGCAUUUUAUUGACUCUCCGGCUCGUCAUGACAAUCUAGGCAGCAGGAGUGGCAGUGAUUCAACAACUCGUCAGGGAGUAGGAGGUUCUGCAGACAACCGUAGGAGACCUUCAAGACAAAGCACUGGCUCUGAAUACAGCAUUGAACGUUCCCCUCUUCAUCGCCAUGCAAGAGCCACGGGCAGAGACAGUCCCUCAUGGGAAGGAAAGAGUUCUUAUGACACCAGCCAUGGAACACCAGGAAGAUCCCGGUUAAGACCAGUUAAUCGUGGAGAUGAAACUCCUGAUAAAGGUGCAGCUGUUCCAAAGUUUGGUGAGUGGGAUGUGAACAACCCUGCAUCAGCAGAUGGCUAUACUCACAUUUUCAAUAAAGUGAGGGAGGAGAGACAGGGCGGGCCAGGACAUGUGCCAGGCACACCUAAUGAGAGACCACAUGCUAUCAGGGGCCAACCUACCCAUGACAAAGCCCAGUGUUGCUGCUUUGGGUGGGGCAAAAAAUAAUUUCUUUCAAGUGUGAAUGAUGUUCUCAACAGAAAUGGAGG